UCGCCCACUCGCUGCGAAGCCUCUUGCUCCCUCAGUCACCUGCCGCGUACUGUCCGAGACGCGCGCUCAUACGAUGAAAGGCACACUCUCGAAUGAUUCGAUCGAAUCGAAAAUUUAACCGCGAAAGUGUGAGGUGCAAGUGAUCAGUGACAUUUCUUUUGAGGUCUCGAUUUUUUCUAAAUAAUUUUCGGAUGUCCAGAAAUAGUUAAAGAAAAAUGAAAGGAAGAAUUCACAAUUGAUUCAAAGACUGAGAAUGACAUCUUCGAAAGACAUAAGUGACUGAUGUCCUAGUAGUGAUUGUGAGUAGUGAAAACACCAUCGAUUUCAAAAUGUGCAGCAAGGACCAGAUAAGUCACAUACUUGGAAAGAUCAAUGUGGGUCUCCCAUCUUGGUCGCGCGGUCUGGAGGCAGCGGAAGCGGCGCGCGCGCGCCUCGUGCGCUGGGCGUGCGGCGACGCGCCCCCCGAACCGGACCCGCCGCGGAAGAAGAUGCCUCACGCCCUGCGCCGCCGGUGGCCGAUGUGCCCCUGCUUACAAAAUGACGAGCCACCCGAGAUCACGUACUGCGUGGUGGGCGGCGAGGGAGGCCUCGCGCUGCAGGCGGUCACCCCCACGCAUCCCAUGCCGCCGCAAGAUGAGCUCGACGCGAAAUUUGCGGAAUUGGUGGAAGAGUUGGACUUAACAGCGGUCAAUAAAGCGGCGAUGAUGGAACUGCCCGCGGCGAAAAAGUGGCAGAUCUACUGCAGUCGACGGCCGCCACCCGGACAAGCGCCCCCCCUGGCAACAGCGCCGCAAGUCGAAGACUACAUCAAGGCUCUGAACGAAAUUGCUGAUGCCUUUUCAUCAUCGGAAGCAAUAACACCCACCGAAGCGUGUGCACUAGUCGAUGGCUUGAAGACCGCGCUUCGGACGCGAGCGCACAGUUUCGUCCUGCGCUUCAUCAAGCAGGGCGGUCUUGCUGCUUUGUUGGAAGCGCUGCAAAGAGCCCCACGAGAUGACGCCACCACAAGACACAACCUCAUUGCUGGGAUAAAGGCACUUAUGAACAACUCGACGGGUCGAGCUCACGUCCUAGCGCAUCCUACGAGUAUCGAUCUGAUCGCGCAGUCGAUGGACACAGAAAAUGUUAAGACUAAAGUUGCUGCCUUGGAGAUUUUGGGAGCAGUUUGUCUCGUACCAGGGGGACAUAAAAAGGUCUUGGAAGCAAUGAUCCACUAUCAAAAAUACGCAGGCGAACGUGCUCGCUUCCAGGGCAUUGUGAACGAGUUAGACCGUAGUACGGGCGCGUAUCGUGAUGACCUAGGUCUUAAGACCGCCAUUAUGUCCUUCGUCAACGCCGUACUUAAUUACGGCCCCGGGGAAGAAAGCUUAGAAUUCAGGCUACACUUGAGAUAUGAGCUUCUCAUGUUAGGAAUACAGCCUGUAAUAGAAAAACUUCGAAAAUACGAAAACGAGACCCUCGAUAGGCACAUCGAAUUCUUCGAAAUGGUACGAAAUGAGGACGAGAGAGAACUCGCCAGGAGGUUCGACAAACAGCACGUCGAUACCAAGAGCGCGGCCGCCAUGUUCGAACUGUUGAGGAGGAAGCUCAGUCACACGGCUGCGUAUCCACAUCUCCUCUCCAUGCUGGAACAUUUCUUAUUACUACCACUGGAAUACAACCCCCACUCGCAACAUUGGUUGCUGCUGGACCGCGUGGUGCAGCAGGUGAUCCUGCAGCAGCCCGCCGCCGGCAGCCGCGCCAACAGCGAUCGCGACAGCGCCUCCGACACCGGCUCCGACCACGUCAAGGUUUACGAUCCAGACGUCGCUCCCUUGGAAAUAAAUGUUGGAGAGAUCGUUCACUUACUAGCUAAAGAAGAAGAAUUAGUCGCCGCUAGGACUAAAGCUGAGAACUUGGAGAGGGAAAACGUUGACAUGGCUACAGAACUAGCAAAGAAGGAGAAGCAAGUGGACCAGCACACGCAAGAAAAGGAGGAGCUGGAAGGAGUGGUCUCGAGGCUGAAGGAAAGGCUCGAGAGGGAGACGGCUGCUCACAUGGAGUGCACGGAACGGGCCAGGUCUUCCGCCUGCAGAGCCCACCAACUUGAACAACAGUUGAAUCAAGAGCGAGCUGAGCGAGCGAGAUUCGAGAAACUGGUCAGCGAAGGUAGCAUACCUGAUGAUGCGAAGGUCAGCAAUCUGAAGAGCGCAGUUAUCGAAACCUGCAGUGUGCCGCCACCUCCACCUCCACCAUCGCUCUGCCCCCCUCCUCCCGCCGCACCGAUGCCUCCCCCGGCCCCUCUUGCACCCCCGGCCCCUCUCGCUCCAGCACCUCCGAGACCUAAGAAGAACGUUCCUACCCCCGGUAACCCGCUCAAGAGCUUCAACUGGAGCAAGUUGCCGGAUACGAAACUCCACGGUACGAUCUGGCAAGAGCUCGACGAUGCGAAGUUGUACAACGCGAUGGAUCUGCACGCGAUCGAUAAGAUGUUCUGUGCCUACCAGAAGAAUGGCGUUCAGAACGAAGGUUCCGUAGAAGAUUUACGACAGCUAGGUUCCAAGCCGCGAACCAAAAUCUUAUCUGUGAUCGACGGUCGUCGUGCCCAAAACUGCACGAUCCUGCUAUCGAAGUUAAAGAUGUCUGAUGAGGAGAUUUGUCGAGCAAUUCUGCGCAUGGACAGUGGAGAACAGCUUCCACUUGAUAUGGUGGAACAGCUGCUGAAGUUCACACCGAGUGCUGAAGAAGCUGCUCUGCUUGAGGAACACCAGGAUGAGCUAGACAGUAUGGCGCGGGCGGACCGAUUCCUCUAUGAAAUCUCCAAGAUCCCCCACUACUCGCAGCGGGUGCGCACGCUGCUGUUCAAGAAGAAGUUCUCGGGCGCCGCGGCGGAGGCGAGCAGCCGCGCGUCCGUCGUGCUGCGCGCCGCGCGCGACAUGACGCGCUCGCGCCGCCUGCGCGCGCUGCUCGAGAUCGUGCUGGCGCUCGGCAACUACAUGAACCGUGGCCCUCGAGGAAACGCGUCGGGCUUCCGAUUGUCAUCUCUAGGAAAGCUAGCAGACACCAAGUCUAGCGUUUCGCGAAACACAACGCUGUUACACUAUCUCGUUGAGCUGUUGGAGACGCAGUUCAAAGAAGUUCUUCUACUCGAAGAAGAUCUACCCCACGUAAGAGCAGCUGCUAAAGUCUGCAUCGACCAACUAGAGAAGGACGUCGGUGCCUUACGCAAUGGUCUACGCGAAGUGUCAAGGGAAUUGGACUAUCACGCGUCUUUACCAGCUCCAGCACAACCGAAUGACGCCUUCGUACCGGUCAUGAGGGAGUUCCACGCCCAUGCUGUCUGCUCCUUCACCCAGUUAGAAGAUUUGUUCCAGGAUAUGAAGAGUCGUCUGGAAGCUUGCGCUCAUGCCUUCGGCGAGGAACCCAGUGCGUCUCCAGAGCAGUUGUUCGGUGCUUUGGACGCAUUCCUCACUCAGUUGGCAGAGGCCAGGGCCGAGUGUGACGCAGCCAGAAGACGGAGGGACGAGGAGGAGAGGAGAACCAGGCACGAACAGGAGCUCAAGAAACGUACAAUGGAAAGAAAACAGGGCUCCAGCCUCCUCAGCUCAGUUGGUAGGUCACUCGGUAAAUCCAACGGCACCACCGAUUGCAAUGGGCACUCCGGCGACAACUCCAGAGACGGCACCUUGACCAAUGGACAGAAAGGGGAAUUUGAUGAUCUCAUAUCAGCUCUGAGAACCGGUGACGUAUUCGGCGAUGACGUAGCCAAGAUCAAGAGAUCGAGGAAGGCCGCUAAGGCAGGGUACAAGGGCAGAGACUCCCCACCACGAGGAGUCUGCAGAGAAGAUUCCAGGGAACGACAGAAGAACUGAGCUUAUCCAGAUAUGAUUUAAUGGAAUUCUGAGUGAUCUGUUCCCUGGAAUGUCGGGAACAUUAAAUAUAAGCGUUUUAAGUGAUAUUUCCAGUGUUGGAUGUAGAUUAGAAUAAAAUAAUCGAGUCACAAAUAAACGUGUUUACUUAGAGAAAUAGUAGGUUGAUUGUGCCAAUAUUUGGUUUGUUCGUGCAGGACAUCCCAACCAGGGUGACACGUCUCAGGGCCCUGAAUAUGCGUAGGUAGGUCGUAUUGCGUCGGACUUCCUAACGAAAACUAUUUGGAAUCAUAAAUCUUCAAAGACGACCGACAAGUUAUGUUACGACCUAAAGCGUGACAGUGUGAUAUUUUUUGUGACAUUAAAUGUAAAAUCAUCAUAUUACCUUUAAAGUCCCGGAAGGCGUCCCGCAAAGGUUGGGAUUUCAUGCUUUAUCCUUUAUUGUGGUUCCCACUUUUGAUUUGAUUGAUCUGUGACGAAUUGUAAAAUGAUCCAAAAACAAUAUGAAUGAUAUUCUUUAUGGUAUACGGAUCUUUUUUAUCUAUGAUCAAUUUUAUUUAUAAUUUUAUUUAAGUUCAAUAAUUGAACGAAGAUUGUUGCUUAGACAAAGUGCUUGUAUAUCAGCAUAUAAUUCUCCAUUUAUGAAGUUAAGAAACAAAAAAAAAUAGCUAAUAAAGAAAUUCAAUAUUAUGAAUGUUAGUGACGUAACCAAAAAAAAAUAAAUAUAAUUAUAUAAUCAGCUGUUUUUAUGAAAGCAAAUGUUUCUAUGGAACUUAUUUCGACGAGUUAAAAGAAUAUCUGAGAAACUUUAGAAGACUUAUUGGAUUAUAACGGGGUGAAAAAGAAAUGUUUUCGAUGGGAAAAUAAAUAAAUAAAUUUAUUCGAGUGAAGUAAGACUGCAUGAUAUUCCUUAAUUUAGACGUAUUUAUUUCAGAUUUAGUACCACACUUCGACAAUCAAAACUUGUUUAUAUUUUAUAAUUUGUUCCAUUUAACAAUAUGUCAGAUUAUGAGCUAUGAUUCUAUCUAAUAAUCUAUGGUUUUGGUGUUACAGAGGAUAAUAUACCAUAGACAUUAUGUUAACAAUUUUUACGACCUGUUGAUAAAUUACGGUGUGGACCUGAAUUAAAUUAAACGUUUUUAUAUUUGUGUAAAACUCAAUACUGAAUUUGAUUUUGAAUUUAUAUAAAUAUUUAUGGCAAAUGAAACAACGGAUUAAUAUUAUUAUUCCUGUCUGUCUCAACAUAUACAACGUUGGAAUAAGGUGGAGUUAUUAAUAACUAGGGUACUAAUAUUUUUUACGUUCCAUUUUGGCUAAAUUAUUUCCAUUAAACCGCUAACCCAUAUUGAUGCACGAAACUACAUGUAGGAGCAAACGCACAAGACAUUCGGUAAAAAGUCUAUUAAAAGACAUUCGGUAAAAUAAUGAGCUGAAGGUUCAAAUUCGGCUAAGCACCAUAGUUGUCAUAUCAGUCCCUUGAGGGGCAUAGGCCACUCACAUGGCACGUUUUCUAAGCAGGAAGAAAAUUUACUUAAGUAUAUGUCAACGGAAACUCCAAGUGAUUUCUUAUACGUAUAUUUUUAUUCUGUGUCGUGCCUCGUCGUGGGUCAGCGGUUCUCGUACAACACAUUGCAGAUUAACACGCCAGUAGAACGUGCACAUAUUAUUUAUAAAAAUGAAAGAUAAAAUAAAAAAAUAAAAGGACGUAAGUUAAACUCUUGGUUGUUCGUCGUACGCAAUGUGGUGACGAGGUUGGUUUUGAAUAUGACAUUUUGGAAUUGUAAAAUCUCGCAGUCGGACGAACCGUAGAAUAGGAAUUGAUAAUCUAUGCCUAAAUGUACGGCGUAAAUUUUGAACAUUUAUAAUGUAUAGUAUAAACUUAUGCCAUAUUUGGAAUUUUCGAGAAAUUUACAUUUUGUAAUUUUACAUGUUUCUUAUAUUUCGAUCUGAUUUCGUGUUUAAUAUAUAUAUGUGUGUAGUUUAUUUUAAUACAAAUAAUUGAAAAAUGUUUUAAUUUAUGUGACGAUUUAUGAUAGUUGAAUAAUUAUGUAAAUAUUAAUUUUACUUCGAUACAAUCUGUUACCGUAAUGAGAUGGAUUUUUUUUUAAAUAAUUUAUUCAAUUACAUACCUAUAGAAGUUUGUCAUAUUAUGUAAAUUUUAUUGUUUUGUUCAGUAUUGCUUAAGCCUAUAGAAUAUUAUAUAAUACCUUGAAUAGAAAAUAUUUAAAUAAAACCUUGAAAUUA